AUGGACGGCGGCGGGGACGCGCGCCUGCCCAGGAACAAGGGCAAGACGAAGCGGGCCCCGGCGGCGGCGCCGCCGCCUCCCGUGGAGAGGGAGGCCGGCGGCGGCAGGGGCAGGGACCGGUUCGAGGCGCUCUGGCACGACUACCACGAUUUGCUCCAGGAAACCGAGGCGAAGAAGCGGAGGCUGGAGCGGAUGCACCGGCGAAAGCUUGGACUGCUCGCUGAAGUCAAGUUCUUGCGCAAGAAGUUCAGCUCGUUUGUGAACGACGAUCCGCAGCAAACACAGUACAGUCUGAAGAACAAAAAGGCUCGGCAGCAGAUUCCGUCUACCCUGGGGAUGAAUGAAGGGCCGUCUACCAGCAAGGGCGCAAAUAUGGACUUGAAUCAGGAUUCUGCAAUGAAUGGGAUGGGAGCUGGACGCCAGGGGUACCAGGACCAUUCAGAACCUGGGAGGCAUGAUCUGGCCGGCGUAGAUGAAGAUAUCAUGAACUCCAAUGUCAACAUGUCACUUCAUAGGGGUACAGGAAACUCUCCAGCCACUGAUGAUAAGAGGGCAACCGCAUGGCAAGACAGAGUAGCUUUAAAGAUCUAGUCCCGCCGUAGGCCUGGCUAUGGAAUGGCAUCCUUUUUUCUGAUGAUGAUUCGACUGCGCCCCGCUUAGUUUGUCAAAUAUUCUGCAGGGCCUUGUAAAUGAAUAAUUGAAAAGGAUAGGCAUAGCCCAGAGAUAGUUCGACACACUUACAGACAAGAUCGGUCUUAUUACAAUGCUAUGAAACAUUAACCCUAGAUUUUGAGUUACCGGUGUUUGCCCGUGCCUUUUCUUUUGACGUAUGUUAUGAAGGAUUUAUAGACAAUGCUUUUCUUCU